AUGAGUACAACAGUAAAAUUAUAUUACAUUUAUUUAAGUAUAAUUUAUUUAACGAAUUUUAAAAUAAUCUGUGAUAAAAGUUCUAUUGAUCCCAAUGUAACUUACGAAGGCAAAUAUACUUCAGGGUUAAAAAACUACGAAAUAGUCAUUCCUCAAAGGGUAAACAAAGAUGGGAAUUUUAUUUCGCAUGUUAUACCUCAUCAACACAGUAAAAGAUCGACGAAAGAAAUAAAUUUAAUUUUUUAUAAAAUACCCAUUUCUGGAAAAGAUUAUUUAAUCGAAUUGCUUCCUAACAAAAAAUUAAUUUCUCCUGGAGCCGUUAUGGAAACACACAAAGUAGAUGUGCAAAACUUGAACAGUGUAAAAUUCAAAAAAAAUGAAAGUAAAACUUUUGAAAUGAAUGAAAAUAUCCAUUUAAGUAAAAUAAAAAAUACAGAUUGUCAUUUUUUUGGUCAUGUCAGAGGAAAAAAUUUUUCAAAGGCUGCUUUAUCAAAUUGUAACGGCUUAGCAGGUUUUAUACUCUUUGAAAUGGAGUUUUACACAAUAGAACCAGUAGCAGGACAUGAUCCUUUAAUUGAAGAUAAAUUUCCUCACAUUAUUUAUAAAUUAAAUUCUUCUGAAAAUGAUUUUGUUUGUCGAUCGAUGGGAAAAAUGACAGACGUUUUAGAAAAUCAGAUAAAGAGACAAAGAAGAGAAAAUAAUAAUAAUGGUGUACGUCCAUCCAUGUACAUGGAAACUUUAAUAGUAAUGGACAACAGCUUUAUAAAUUAUCAUCAAGAAUCUGAUUCUGAAAAUUAUAUACUGACUGCCUUUAAUAUGGCAUCUAAUUUCUUUCGGGAUGUCUCUUUAGACUUUGUCCUGACGCUAACAAUCGUCCGUAUUAUUCGUUUAGAAAUUGAAAAUUCUAAUAUGACUUUAAAAAUAAAUGCAGAUGCUGUAAAGACUUUAAAAUAUUUUCAAGAUUGGCAAUAUGACAUAAAUGCUGGAGAUGAUUCACAUCCUAAUCAUCACGAUGUUGCUAUACUUAUCACGAGAGUCGAUGUUUGUUACACGCCAGAGUUAUGUGGACUUUUGGGUUUAGCAGUAAUUGGAAAAGCAUGCGAUCCUAAACUAUCUGCCAUUUUAGUAGAAGACAACGGACUUCGUUCGGGGUUUGUAAUGGCACACGAACUUGGCCAUUUACUUGGUGCGGAUCACGAUGUUAAAAAUUCUUCAUGUAACGAAACGGACGCUAAUGGAUUUAAAACGAUCAUGCAUCCUCAAGUAUCGGUUAACUCUCAAACGUGGUCCAGAUGCAGUCGAGCAGUGAUUAACAGCUUCUUAAAGAGCGAAAUGGGGCAUUGUUUUCUUGAUGAACCUGAAGAUCAUCAUUUUAAUUAUCAAAAUUUAUUACCUGGUGUAAUGUACAAUGCUGAUUUUCAAUGUAAGCAUCUUAUUGCUCAAGAUGCUCAGGAAUGUAACAUGGGCAGUUCCUGCAGUAGUUUAAAUUGUUAUGUACCAGGCUAUGCUUGUAUUGUCACUCAUUCUCCGCCUGUGGACGGUACCCAAUGCGGCGAGAAUAUGUGGUGUCACGACAAAAAAUGUGUCGCGGUUGGACAACGUCCAGGAGCAAUAGAUGGAAAUUGGGGUGAAUGGUCGCCUUGGAGUGAUUGCACCAGAACGUGCGGUUUAGGCGUUUCUAGUUCUGUUCGGCAAUGCGAUAAACCCCUACCAUCUCAUAAAGGGAAGGAUUGCGUUGGAGAAAGAAAAAGAUACAAAAUUUGUGCCACAACGCCUUGUAAAACAGGGCGACCCUCUUUCAGGGAUAUGCAGUGUGGAGAAUUUGACGAUUGGGUGUAUCCAGAAGAUGGAAAAACUCAUAAAUGGGAAGCUUACUACAUGCAUGAAGAUAACCCGUGUGUUUUAUAUUGCAUAAAUGAAGAAAAAAAAGUUGCAGCAUUAAAACCUCGAGUGAUUGAUGGAACCAUGUGCUACAGAGGUAUACGAGACAUUUGUGUGGGAGGAGAGUGCAAAGUACUGCCUUGUGAUCUUCACUUCGAAUCGAAUGCUAUUGAAGAUGUUUGUGGUGUUUGUCACGGAGAUGGUACGACUUGCGAAUUUUCCGGGGGAACUGAAUCCUUUAAAGAAACAUCAAAAGAGAUGUUAAAACUAAUUACUGUACCUUCCGGUACGAGGAACUUAAAGGUAGAAGAAACAUUUCCUGCUUCAUCUAAUAUUAUUAUUCAAGACAAGGAAAGUAAAGAAUAUUAUUUAAAAUCAACGAAUGUUAAAUUUAAUUUCAGACAUUUUCUUGGAAUGUUUAACGUACCUGGAUCUCAAGCAUGGCUCGGUAUGAUAAAAAAAAAUCAAGAAUUAUUAGACAUACCUGGGCCUAUCACUAAACCACUAUCUAUUUGGAUUUCACAACCAGAAAAUGUUACUGUGAAAUGGUCGUUGGCAUUGCCAACAACUCAACAAAGAAAACCAGAAUUCACUUGGGAUUUUUUAAAAUGGAGUCCUUGCUCUGCUAAAUGUGGUCCUGGAAUGCAGAAGUCAGAGCCGAGUUGUAUGGAGGAAAAAGCUGGAUUGGUCGAAAAUACAUUUUGCUCCGAUUUGGAAGUUCCUUCAAUUAAAGUUAGACCUUGUGAAAUAAUAAAAUGCGAGCCUAGAUGGAUGGUAGGAAACUGGAAAGAAUGUGAAGAUUCAGAUGGAUCGAAUAAAAUCAGAAGGAGAAAAGUUUACUGUAUUAAACCAAUAGGAGAAGGAGAAGGUGAAAGUCAAAUUGUGGAAAAUUCUGAAUGCAAAACACCAAAACCUCACGAUUCUGAAAUAUGCGAAAAUCGUCAAAAGCGUGAAAAUAAAGAAGAUUCAAAUGAGGCUUUCAACGACGAGGCAAUGUUUAUUCCCAAUACUGUAGAAUUUGGAAUCCAUAAAAAAUACGAUGAUUAUUUAACACAUUUUGCUGCGUUAUCAACACCGCAAAGAAAAAGUGAAACGAUACCUUUGCAUUUGUUAUCAUCACCGCAUUUCAAGCGUUAUUUUCGAGUUUUGGAAACGACAGAAGAUUAUACGGCGAAUUCAUCGAAUCAAAAUGAUUCAGAUACUUCAAAUGUAAUAGAAUUCGAUCAUUCGAAUCAGGAAAAAAUGCCACCAGAUUUUUACACAAAUACUUUUAGCGGUGAUCCCAUUGAAAUUAAUCACAUGCAAUCAUCUUUCGAUUCGAACAAGGAAUAUAAAAAUUUUUUUGACAGAAAUAUUUUUUUAAACGAAACAUUUUCGGAGGGGAAAAAAUUUAAAAAAAAUCCACAAAUAAUUCAAAAAAAUAAAAAUUCUAAAACGGAUAAAAUGAAAAGAUUUCAAAGAGUCGUUGUUUACCCUAAUAUUUCAAUUGAUAAAAAUAAAAAAAGAAAAGUUCGGAGAACUCCUAAAAUAAUAAGAUACAGUCAUACAAUCUGUCAUCCAAAGUGUUCAUUUCCAAAAGACAAAGUUAAAUGCAAAAUGCAUUUUAAUAAAGUUCACACGCAUUUUUAUCAUUUAUUAAAUGAAGGAAAAAAUGCGGCAUUAAACAACACAUCAUCGAAUUUUGAGAAGAAGAAAAAAAAAAAAAGUAUUAAAUCUCAAAAUGGCGAUGAUAAAUAUCAUCGUUAUUCAAAAAUAAAAAAAAAUUCGAAAAAAAUGUCAGAUCGGUUGAAAAAUUUUAAAACCGUUGAAAAGAAAUCGAAAGUUGCAUUUAAAAGGAAUAAAUAUUUCGAAAAAGGUUUUAGGUUUGCCGAUCGAUGGCAAAAGGAUUUAAAAAAAAAUUACAAUAAAUUACAAAAUGAUAAAAGAAAUGUUGGAAAAAGGAAUACGCGUUUGGUUGUUAUGGAAAGGCCACCGAACGUACCUUUUGCAUUUAAUUGCCAUUUGGGAAAUUGCGGUGACGAACGUCGUUCAUCGAUAAUAAAUAAAAAAUUAUGUCACAAAUGGAAAAAGUUAAAAAAUAGAAACACUCAAAUUAAGACCGAUGCAAAUAAUAAUUACGGAUCGGAAAGUAAAAAUCAAAUAAAUAAUUUAUUUACAGACGAACGGGUAAAAGUUAAUCCGCACAGAAAGCAAGAAACCAAAAUGGCGCAAACCUUCAUGAAAACUGGACGCCUGGUGAUCGAUAAAGAUCGACCUGAAGAUCAAAAUAUCGAAAUCGUGUAUCAGGAAGGAAAUUUUGAUUCGGAUGGAAAAUACAUGAGGAUAUAUCCACAGCCGACGCAAAAUAAAAAAUACGUUUUAAGAGGGCAAGAAGUAUUUGAUUUGCUUCAAAAAAUUCAAAAGCGAAACAAUCGCGACGAUACGCAUAAGGAGAACAUUCAAAAGAAAAAUGCAAAAGAUGAAAAGGUUGAAAUUGAUGUGAAUGUGUCACCGGUAAACAAAAAUGCUAGCUCAAACGCAUCCGAUGAAGAUGUUGAAGCACCAAAUUCAAAAAUAACUAAAACAUCAACUACAAAGACAACCGUUAAACAAGAAGAAGAAACAAAAGAAUCAACUUCAUCAUCUGAAAAUACAACUGAAAAAAGUGAAACGGAAACAACUACUAAGAAAAAAGUUACGACGGAAAAAAUAACGGAAACGGAAACGACGACGAAUACUUCAACAACAACAACAAUGACCACCGAAGAUAAACGUCAAAAAAUUAAAGAAGAAACUGAAUCGAGUGUCACGUCACAGGUCACGCCACAGGUCACGACCACAACCAAACAACCAAAAAAGACAACAACCAAAACGAGUUCUUUGAAAACAACUCAAGCAAUUUGUACAGAAGAAACGACAGAGGAUCCUUCAUUUGGAGCUUGCAACGAUGAUGACGAAGAACCGCCACCAUCACCGUCACCGUCACCGUCACAACAGACUAAAACCACGACAGUUUCUACUACAACCGUUAAAAAUAAAAGUACUACCAAAACCGACAACAAAAACCAAAAAAAAAAUAAAGAUAAAGCGGGAAAUUAA